GCAGGCCGGCUCCCCUCCUCUCUCCCCUCUGCUGGAAUGAGUGCCUGAGGAUUAAGAAGCAGGGAGGCUGUACUAGAGGGCCACAGGAUUGGGACUGGGAUUGGAGGGCUUGGACAGGACUGGAUUAUUCUUGUGUUGUUGGAGUCAGGAGACUGGACUGCAGGAAACUGGCUGUUUUGCACUGGAAUUGCUGUCAAAGUUCGACUUGUGCUGGAGCUGGAGCUAUAGAAAUAUCUGGAGUAAGAAACAAACUGCUAAAUACUAAAGGACUUUGUGUUUUCGGCUGCACUGGGAAUACUGGGAGCAUUGAGACUGGUGGUGAAGUCACUCAGCAGACAGCAGCUUUCUCUGUGCCUGAUGACCUCAGUCCAGAGGAGAGACAGGAGCUGGAAAGCAUUCGCCGCAGAAAACAAGAGCUACUGCACGACAUACAAAGGCUGAAGGAUGAGAUAGCAGAGGUGACCAAUGAGAUUGAAAACCUGGGCCUGACUGAAGAGAGGAAAAGUAUGCAGAGGAAUAAACAGAUGGCGAUGGGCCGAAAGAAGUUCAACAUGGACCCCAAGAAGGGGAUUCGCUUCUUGAUUGACAGCUCCCUCCUAAAAAACACCAGCGAUGACAUCGCCAAGUUUCUCUACAAGGGUGAGGGGCUUAAUAAGACGGCUAUCGGCGACUACCUCGGGGAGAGAGAUGACUUCAACAUCGACGUUCUGCACGCCUUCCUGGAGUUGCACGAGUUCACCGACUUGAACCUGGUUCAGGCUCUCAGGCAGUUCCUGUGGAGCUUCCGGCUGCCCGGCGAGGCUCAGAAGAUCGACCGCAUGAUGGAGGCGUUCGCCCAGAGAUACUGUCGCUGUAACCCCGGAGUGUUUCAGAGCACAGAUACCUGUUACGUGUUGUCGUUCGCUGUGAUCAUGCUGAACACCAGUCUACACAACCCUAACGUGAAGGACAAACCGUCCGUUCAGAGGUUCACGGCCAUGAACAGAGGCAUCAACGAUGGAGGAGACCUGCCGGAGGAGCUGCUCAGGAACCUGUACGACAGCAUCAAGAAUGAGCCCUUUAAGAUCCCAGAGGAUGAUGGGAACGACCUCACACACACCUUCUUCAACCCCGACAGGGAAGGGUGGCUGCUGAAACUCGGAGGUGGACGAGUUAAAACCUGGAAGAGACGCUGGUUUAUUCUCACAGAUAACUGCCUCUACUACUUUGAGUACACGACUGAUAAAGAACCCAGAGGAAUUAUUCCACUGGAAAAUCUGAGUAUCAGAGAAGUCGAUGACUCCAAGAAACCGAACUGCUUUGAGCUCUUCAUCCCGGACCACAAAGAUCAGGUGAUCAAGGCCUGCAAGACGGAGGCAGACGGACGCGUCGUCGAGGGAAACCACACGUUCUACAGAAUCUCUGCCCCGACCGCAGAGGAGAAGGACGAAUGGAUCAACAGCAUCAAAGCCGCCAUCAGUAAAGACCCCUUCUACGAGAUGCUGGCUGCUCGGAAGAAGAAGGUGUCGUCUCUGAAGGGGCUGUAGAGCUGCUGAGGGUGAAACCUUGAAACCAGCUCUGACUCCGUGCAGCCGACAGGAAGUGGAGCCGACGCUCCUGCUGCUGCAGUGACACUCGGACCUGCCACAGAGGAUUCAGCCUGUAAAGAAGCUCUUCCUUCCCGACAAGCCGUCCUCUACAGGCUUGACCUUAUUUUGAAAUCUUCAUUACCCAUCGACAGAUGAAACGAUUCGCUCAUGGACCUCUUCUUUGUUAUCCUCACACCUCCUCUCGAACACUGCGCUCCUGCAGUAACGUGGUCACGCCGGGCCCUCGGGUUCGGACUCCCACUCCUCCUAAAACCUGCUGUUGAAACGUGUCUGAUUCACCUCAGAGCCACUUCAUACAGGCUCACUGUUUGGUCUGCUGUGGUACAAUGACUUACAGCUGAUGAGUGAAUCACAUCAUCAUGUGAUUCACAGAAAGUUCAGGGGAGCCAAAGGCCCCGAUCACACGUAUACGGAUAUUUAGCAAAACCAACAUUCACAUGCAAACUGUGUUUUAUGUCACUGAAACAUAUUUUCUUCUAAAGUGGAGAUUUUGUAAAACUCUGGAUUCUGAACAUGUUGAACAGAGAGUUCAGUUCAGACAUGCCCUUCGUUGCUUUGUGUAAUCAUCGUGCGUCUGAAACAAGAACAAUGGCCGACCAGGUCAGUUUACUUGUGGUAGCAAAUAACUACAAAUAAAUGGCAACUAUUGUUUGUAAGUAAUUACCGCCAGGGGAAUAAUAAGCUCACUACACAUGCUCAUGUAGGUAUUUGACAUAUUGUUGAUGCAGACUUUGUCGCCCCCUACUGGCCCAGCAUCAUACCGUAUACGUGUGGUCAAGGCUUUAAAGUUAGUUUACAACCAGUCUCUAGUUGGGUCAUCGGUUGAGGUCUGUUUUCCAGUCGUGGAUUGAACCCCGUCCUCUACAAAAACUCCUAAUGAAGAUAUUUACUGGAAAACAAAUUAGGUGCAGGACUGAUCUCGUCUGGGAUGCUGGACUUCAUCGUUUAGUCUGAUUUUCCAUAAAAAUGCUUUUUUUCUAAGCCUGUUUUCUUACUGCUGUUGCUCUCUCAUCAAAGCACUGUUACUGAAAAUGAAGGUAAUGCAUAAAUAGUUAAAUAUUUAUUUAUCCAGAUUUCUUGUAAUUUAUUGUUUAAAGUUUUGUCUCAUUAAAAGUUUCAAA